ACACACGAAGAACUCAAAAGGAUUGGGUGAAGACAACAAUGGCGAAGAAGAAGGAACUGUUAUCAAAAGCGCCGUGGAGAGGCGACGACGAUGAUGACUCUGACAAGUUUAGCGGCGCAAAGCUUAAGGUCAUAAAGGAUUCUGAUGGUAUGUCGAAGAUGCACGUCCCUAGCCGCGGUGCCAAAAAAGGUAGUCUCGCCGAUGAUGAUGAUGAUUUACUUGAGAUUGAUCCUCAGCUUCGUUACAGCUUCAAUCGCAACUAUCAGUUCCUGCAAAGAGUAUUCACUAUAGACACUUUGGUGAAGCCUCUUCCUCCUGCCAUGGGAUUCAACGUCUCUCGCAACUUGAGCUUCUUCACCCGCAUUUUCACUCAGUUCUUUGAUCCUGAAGGCAUUGCAAAUGCACAGAGGUCUCUGGGGUUGGGGCAGGAAGAUAAAGCUCGCCGUGUUCGUUGAGAUAUGGCCAUCUUCCAAGCUUGUGAAUGAACCCAGCUCUGUUAGAAUGAUUAAAAUAUGUCCUCAAAGAGAUGUUUUGUCUUAAAUUCUCCAAAGUACAAUGAAAUUUCCAAGUUCCAUUUUAGCA